AUGCGUAAACACACUCAUAUCAUCGACCCGCGAGAGUCUCUCGACGCGCCCGAGUCCCCGCAUCUCCAGUCGCCAUUAACCAUCCAUGCGUCGGCGCCGGCGUCGCCCGCCAUUUCGCUCUUCUCCGCCGCCGGACACGGUCAUAACCGCUUCUCCAGCUCGGUCUCCUCGCUCGUCUCCUCGUCUGGCCUGGGAAACUCCAUGGAUAGCCCGAGUCGGAGUCACCUCACCGGGGUGAAGGAGGAAGAGUGCGCUCGUGACUCGUUGGAGGAUCAGUAUUUCCAACACUUCGACUGCGGCAUGUCCACACCCGCCGACGAGUCCCACUUCCCCAUGGACCCGCCCGACAGCUACGAUCUCAGCGACGGCGGCAUGGACCUGCACUCUCCCAAGAAGCGCUGCUCCGACACCCCCUCCAUGAAAGGCGUGUCGCGCAUCAGCUCGCACAUUUCCACCAUGUCCACCCGAUGGAAGUCCAAACGGGCCUCAGGCAGUUUCGAGCGGGGCGACACCUUCCCAGACGAUCUGCGCUCGCGCGCCAACUCGACCGCCUCAUCCGCGCUAGCCAGCCCUGUCGUCAGCCCAAUCAGUCGUAUCGACUCGAUCCCGCCUUCCCCGGCCCGAACGAUCUUCGAAGAGCGCAUUAGUGACUCUGGCGCACGCCCAAUCGACAUCGUCCAGGCCAACAGUUUCAGUCAGGACGACAACGAUACCCAACAGGCUACGACCCCCCUCCUCCCGCCAUUCAUGGGUGACGACCCAACCAGCGCCGUUGCCUCUCGCGUGCAAUCCCCUCUGCAAUCUCCCUCCGUCGCCGACGUGAGCACCGAGACCGAGGAUUCGCACUGCAGCGUUCUGUCGAGCUUCCGCAUCACUGGAAUGGGCGUUCCCUCGCCACCACUCUCCUCCAAACCCAGCAUGGCCUCCAUUAGUCGUCCACGAGCAAGCACUUCCCGCACCGUGUCCAGCGAGGCACCACCCGGCGUGGGAGCGGGAGUUGGAGUCGGCGCAACCGUCUCGCCUUUCGUUUUUACUUCGCCUAACGAUGAAUGGGCCAACAAGCUAGGUCAUGCCAACUUCAACAUCCAACCCGAGCCCUACACACCCGCGACGCAGGAAAUGGCAUCAUUCCUGCAGCUCCGGGCCGACUGGGACAUUGCGCGGUGCAACUUUGCCAAACACCUCGUGCGAACUGGUGAACACUACGGCGUGACUUCCAACAUCUACAAACACACCAUUGAAAAGUGGGAAUCGAUCAACCGACAAUGGAAGAUCCAACACGAGUCUCUACUCAACACUCUCGGCGCCGAAGACGGUGUCGCACUGACUCUCACCCACUCCACCCGGAACCCCUGCGAACAUGUCCGCAUCCCAGGCCUCCACGACAAUGCCAAGUUUCCCGAAAUGGGCGACGAGGACAUCGUGGGUCCAAUGACUGUUGCGCCUGCAACGGAGAAAGGUAUUCUGGGCCAUUGUCGGAGCAAGUCUCUGAAGAAGCGGAAUUUCUUCCGAUUCUUCCAGGAUCUCGUUUCGCGCCCUUGA